AUGUCGGUCAGUAGCUCACCAUUCUACAUUGAAAACAAAAAUGUCGGCAACAAGGAGGACUCUGAGGAUUGGAGAAUCCGAGGCUACAACCCGUUGACGCCCCCCGACCUGCUCCAGCACGAGAUCCCCCAGACGCCCGCCUCCAAGAAGACGGUCAUCGAGUCGCGAGAGGAGGUGGCCGCCGUCGUCGGCGACAAGGAUGAGCGCCAGCGCCUGCUCGUCGUCGUCGGGCCCUGCUCCAUCCACGACCCCGAGGCUGCCCUCAAGUACUGCGACCUGCUGCUCCAGGCCAAGGAGAAGCACAAGGACGAGCUGCUCAUCGUCAUGCGCUCCUACCUCGAGAAGCCCCGCACCACGGUCGGCUGGAAGGGCCUCAUCAACGACCCAGACAUUGACGGCAGCUUCAAGAUCAACAAGGGCCUGCGCCUCGCCCGCCAGCUCUUCGUCGACCUGACGGCCAAGGGCAUGCCCAUCGCCAGCGAGAUGCUCGACACAAUCUCCCCCCAGUUCCUCGCCGACCUACUGUCCGUCGGCGCCAUCGGCGCCCGCACCACCGAGAGCCAGCUGCACCGCGAGCUGGCCAGCGGCCUGAGCUUCCCCGUCGGCUUCAAGAACGGCACCGACGGCUCCCUCGGCGUCGCCAUCGACGCCAUCGGCGCCGUCAAGCACCCCCACCACUUCCUCUCCGUCACCAAGCCCGGCGUCGUCGCCAUCGUCGGCACCACCGGCAACGAGGACUGCUUCGUCAUCCUCCGCGGCGGCACCAAGGGCACCAACUACGACGCCCAGAGCAUCGCCGAGGCCAAGGCCGCCCUCGCCAAGAAGGGCGUCACUCAGCGCCUCAUGGUCGACUGCAGCCACGGCAACUCGCUCAAGAACCACAAGAACCAGCCCAAGGUCGCCGCCAACCUGGCCGAGCAGAUUGCCGGCGGCGAGACGGCCAUUAUGGGCGUCAUGAUUGAGAGCAACAUUGAGGAGGGCAACCAAAAGGUCCCCGAGGAAGGCAAGGCCGGCCUCAAGUACGGCGUCAGCAUCACCGACGCCUGCAUCCACUGGCAGGACACCGAGUCAGUGCUCGACACCCUCGCCGACGCCGUCAAGCAGAGACGCAAGGUCACGGGCGCCAACGGCAAAGCCUAG